ACGGAAGGGGGGACGGGGCGUGGCUGGACUGGCUCGGGGCUGCGUGGGGCUCACCGAACCCGGGAACGCGGGUGUCGUGGGUGGGAACGCGUAGUCCUGGGACCGCCGAGUCUGGGCGCGGGAGAUGGCGGCGCGAUGGAGCAGCGAGAACGUGGUGGUGGAGUUCCGCGACUCCCAGGCAACUGCAAUGUCUGUGGACUGUCUGGGGCAGCAUGCAGUGCUUUCCGGCCGCCGAUUCCUAUACAUCGUCAGUCUAGAUGCCCCCUUCGAAGGUCACAGAAAGAUCUCACGCCAGAGCAAGUGGGACAUUGGAGCCGUGCAGUGGAAUCCUCAUGACAGCUUCGCGCACUAUUUUGCAGCCUCGAGCAACCAACGUGUCGACCUUUAUAAGUGGAAAGACGGCAGUGGGGAAGUCAGCACGACCUUACAAGGCCACACUCGUGUCAUCAGUGACUUGGACUGGGCAGUGUUUGAGCCAGAUCUCCUGGUCACCAGCUCUGUGGACACCUACAUCUACAUUUGGGAUAUCAAAGAUACACGGAAGCCGACCGUUGCACUGUCUGCUGUAGCGGGUGCCUCACAGGUCAAAUGGAAUAAAAAAAACGCUAAUUGCCUUGCCACCAGUCAUGAUGGGGAUGUACGGAUAUGGGACAAGCGGAAGCCCAGCACAGCAGUGGAGUAUCUCGCAGCCCACCUCUCCAAAAUCCACGGCCUGGACUGGCACCCAGACAGCGAGCACAUUCUUGCUACCUCCAGUCAAGACAACUCUGUCAAGUUCUGGGAUUACCGCCAGCCUCGGAAAUACCUCAAUAUUCUCCCUUGCCAGGUGCCUGUCUGGAAGGCCCGAUACACUCCUUUCAGCAAUGGAUUGGUGACCGUGAUGGUUCCCCAGCUGCGGAGGGAGAACAGCCUGCUCUUGUGGAAUGUCUUUGACUUGAACACGCCGGUCCAUACCUUCGUAGGCCAUGAUGAUGUGGUGCUGGAAUUCCAGUGGAGGAAACAGAAGGAAGGGUCCAAGGACUACCAACUGGUUACGUGGUCACGGGAUCAGACCCUGAGAAUGUGGCGGGUGGAUUCCCAGAUGCAGAGGCUUUGUGCAAAUGACAUCUUAGAUGGUGUUGAUGAGUUCAUUGAGAGCAUUGCUCUUCUGCCGGAACCAGAGAAGACCCUUCACACUCAGGAUACAGAUCACCAGCACAACUCCAGCCACGGGGAGGAAGAAGUCUUAAAGGAAGACCCCCCAAGCAGUCUCCUGGAAGAGAAGAAAUCAGAGCAGCUGGGCCUGCCUCAGACUCUGCAGCAGGAGUUCUCCCUGAUCAACGUGCAGAUCCGCAAUGUGAACGUGGAGAUGGACGCAGCAGACAGGAGCUGCACAGUGUCUGUGCACUGCAGCAACCACCGCGUCAAGAUGCUGGUGAAGUUCCCUGCGCAGUACCCGAACCACGCGGCCCCUUCCUUCCAGUUCAUUAACCCCACCACCAUCACAUCCACUAUGAAAGCGAAGCUGCUCAAGAUCCUGAAAGACACUUCCCUGCAAAAAGUGAAACGCAACCAGAGCUGUUUGGAGCCCUGCCUGCGCCAGCUCGUCUCCUGCCUUGAGUCUUUUGUGAACCAAGAAGACAGCGCUUCCAGCAAUCCCUUCGCGCUCCCGAACUCUGUUACGCCACCCCUACCGACAUUUGCCCGGGUGACCACCGCCUACGGGUCCUACCAGGAUGCCAAUAUUCCCUUUCCCAGGACCUCGGGGGCCAGAUUCUGCGGGGCAGGGUACCUGGUGUAUUUCACAAGGCCCAUGACGAUGCACCGAGCGGUGUCUCCGACUGAGCCUACUCCGAGGUCUCUGUCAGCUUUGUCUGCCUAUCAUACCGGCUUGAUUGCGCCCAUGAAGAUCCGCACAGAGGCCCCUGGGAACCUCCGUUUGUACAGCGGGAGCCCCACGCGCAGUGAGAAGGAGCAGGUCUCCAUCAGCUCCUUCUACUACAAGGAGCGGAAAUCAAGGAGAUGGAAAAGUAAGCGUGAGGGAUCGGACUCUGGGAAUCGACCAAUCAAGGCUGCUGGGAAAGUGAUCAUUCAGGAUAUUGCCUGCCUUCUUCCUGUUCACAAGUCAUUGGGAGAACUAUACAUAUUGAAUGUGAAUGAUAUUCAAGAAACAUGUCAGAAGAAUGCCACUUCUGCCUUGCUUGUUGGAAGGAAGGAUCUCGUCCAGGUUUGGUCGCUGGCUACAGUAGCUACGGAUCUUUGCCUUGGUCCGAAGUCUGACCCAGAUUUGGAAACACCCUGGGCUCGACAUCCAUUUGGGCGACAGCUACUGGAGUCCCUGCUGGCUCAUUACUGCCGGCUCCGGGACGUGCAGACGUUGGCUAUGCUCUGCAGCGUGUUUGAAGCCCAGUCUCGGCCGCAGGGGAUACCAAACCCCUUCGGGCCUUUUCCCAGCCGCUCAUCUAACCUUGUGGUGUCCCACAGUCGAUACCCCAGCUUUACAUCCUCUGGUUCCUGCUCGAGUAUGUCCGACCCAGGAUUCAACACUGGUGGCUGGAACAUAGUGGGAAGAGAGACAGAGCACAUAUCUUCACCCUGGGGAGAGUCCUCACCAGAAGAAAUCCGAUUUGGGAGUCUGACCUACAGUGAUCCUCGUGAGCGAGAGCGUGACCAGCACGAUAAAAAUAAAAGGCUUCUGGACCCCGCCAAUACCCAGCAAUUUGAUGACUUUAAGAAAUGCUAUGGAGAAAUCCUCUACCGCUGGGGUCUGAGGGAGAAACGAGCUGAAGUGCUGAAGUUUGUUUCCUGCCCUCCUGAUCCUCACAAAGGAAUCGAUCCUGCCGAAGUGCCUACAUAGAGCUUUUCUGUAAAGACACAACCAUGCGAGGAGAAGUAAUGUUGGCAGUAAAACUUGGGACCUGGUGGGGCAGAUAGGUUAGUGAUACCUGAUCUCACGGGGAGAAAGCUGAGCCCUGAACUGGCAGGCAGAAAGACAGCAACGCACAUGGAAGAACCCCCGGGUGGCUCAGGAAUUAGUGGUACCGCGUACCUCUGCAAGUGGCAUGAAGGUGAGGUCAAAAACAGGAGUAUUGUGUCAUGGCCUUUCUAGGGUCCCCAGAUCCCCACUCCUAGUUUGCAGAGCAGUUACCACCCUUCCUCUCCCCCAGCAGAAAACGGAAGUUCAUUCUCCAAAGAAGGUGGACACAUUUCCCAAUAAAGGGGCCGCCACGUAGCUAGCAUACGAAUGAGGAAAGACCCAGGAAUGUAGAGAAGAUCCUAGAAGCUUCCAGAGAGAGAAAACAGGUCACAUACAAAGGGUAGGAAUACGAAUAGCAUCACACUCCUCGGGAGCAGUGAACUAGAUACUGGAACUAGAUGACAGCAGUGCAGCAGUGCCUUCCCUGUUCUCAAGAAAAUGACCCUCUUAGAAUCUCUUAGAAUUCUAACCUAGAAUUCUGUACCCAAGGUAUCCAUCAAGUGUAAAAGUAGGCCUUCAGCCUAUCCAAGGAGGAGAAAUAGAUUCAAGCCAGGAAACCAGGGUGUUGGGAUGAUGGUGAAGGGAGAUGUACGUGACAGACCUGAAGACAGACCAGUCCAGGUUGGAGCUUCAGAGCAUUGUCUCCAAGAAGAGAAAAAAAAAAUCUGUGUAUUUCAGUAUAUAUAGUGUAUUUCAGUAUUCAGUGUAUUUACAGAAGAUUCAGAUGUUUGGAGAUGAAUUAUCAAUAAGUAUGUAACUAAGCAAACAGGAAAAACAAGACUACCUCUAGGAGGAACAAAAUGUGCAAGAAAGAAAGGAAGUCAUCAUGGUACGUGGCUUGGCUUGAAUAAUAUUUACCUAGAGAAAUAAUGUGAAAACAGUGCUGAUCCAACCAACUGAUAAUAGAACCACAUGGGGAAGAUGAGGAACAGGUGGUACAUGAGUCUGGUUGGGGAGAUUGGGGAAUGAAAGAGCUUCCACCGGGGAAGGUCAAGAGACAGUGCUUAAAUAUGACAAUUAAAUAGCUUUAUGAACAUGUUGUGUAGAGAUAGGGAGGUAGGAACAGAAGAAAUAGUUAAGAAUUUCCUCUAGAGGGUGAUGGAUGUGGGAGUGGAAGGGAAUGCUGCUUUUCAUAACACGAUACAUAGAAUAAUUUGACCCUUUAAGUUGUGCGAGUAUAGUUUCAAUUAAAAAAAAAAACCAAACUAAUAUAUAAAUACAUACAUACUAAUACAUACAUUGAAUAACAAGGAUUAUUUUAAUAUGGAUUAUCUUUUUUAAAAUUUAUUUUUUUAAAUUUUUGGUUGUGUUGGGUCUUUGUUGCUGUGCACGGGCUUUCUCUAGUUUUGGCGAGCGGGGGCUACUCUUCGUUGCGGUGCGCAGGCUUCUCAUUGUCAUGUCUUCUCUUGUUGCAGAGCACGGGCUUUAGGUGCGCAGGCUUCAGUAGUUAUGGCACGUGGGCUCAGUAGUUGUGGCUCGCGGGCUCUAGCGUGCAAGCUCAGUAGUUGUGGCACACGGGCUUAGUUGCUCCGUGGCAUGUGGGAUCUUCCCGGGCCAUGGCUCAAACCCGUGUCCCCUGCAUUGGCAGGCGGAUUCUUAACCACUGCGCCACCAGGGAAGCCCCAAAUAUGGAUUAUCUUGGUGCGCGUACGUAAAGAAAUGCAGACAGAAAAUGCUAUUUGGGUACAUAUUUUUCAGAGCAUCUACAUGCAUGAAAGUAUAUCAGGGAGAGAUUAAUGAUGGCCUGGAGCAAUUUGUCUUUUAAAAUUAGUUUCCAGGAAAAUAAAUGAAUCACAGAGAUAUGUAACUGAUGUGUCAAUCCGUCAAUCAGUUAGACGUAUUGACAUCUCCUAUUAUAAAGGUCGUGCUGGGUUCUGUGGGCUGGACAAAGAACUGUAAAGUGUGGUUUGGGGAGGGGGUCAUUCAAGAAGUCUAUAAUCCAAUCAGAGAGAUGAAACAGAAGCUCAUGAAGACUCAAAUGAUGAUUGAGAAUGAAUAGUCUGUCCUAAUACCAUUACAAACAAUGCUAAAAAUUUCAGAAAGAAGGGGGGAGUGUGGAUUGUGGAAGAGUCACAGACAAAAACAUUAAGUAUUUCAUCCUUAAAGUUUUUCCUUUGGAAGAGUCAGACUACCCAAAUACAGGAAAUAGCAGGUAUUGAAUAUGACAAGGUUGCCAAGUUGGUCUCCUCCUGGUGGAAAACCAGCAGUUUCCUCUCACAGUUACCACAUCUGCAAGGGUCACUCCGUAUCAGCAGCAAGAUUUGAGGGAUGAAGUUGUUUUCAUUUAGGGGAUUAGAUAUUUAUAGAAAGGACUCCAGGCUUCAUUUAUUUUGAUGAGAUAAUGCUAGACAGAGUAUUCUUUACAAAAAGAAAAAAGAAAAAAGGAAAAAAAAACUCCAUAUGCAAGGUGGUUUUCAUCUUUGUUUUUUCUAUUGAGGUAUGAGGCGCUAGGUCAGAAUGGUGGUAGAGAAGGUGCAGCCCACCCCGAGUUCCUAUCUGCCCACCUGAAUUUUAUUCAGCAAUUUUCUGUUUUGGUUUAUUAAUUUAAUGUCUUAUUUACUUGGCUGGGUUUACUUACAUUUGUGUAAUGUGGUGUUAAUUAACACACAUAACUCUUCUGUGUGAUUAACAAACUAGAAUUGUAUGACACUAAACCUUUGGAGUUAGCUUCCACCUGGAGGUUCCGUAAAGCCUUGGGAAUCAUAAUUUGAUCGUUCCAUGUACAAGCAGUAUUUUUAUUGUCCUUAUUAGUUUGUCUGUUAGGAACCAAGAAUGAUCCAUUUCGCCUCUACCAGGUUUCACCUGCAAAGCCUGUACCUGUGAUUCUGUGCCUCCUUCCCUGAGAUCCCCCAAGUUAAUCAGUGUUCCAGGGAAAGACACUUGACAGCUUUGUGGUUUUCAUCAGUGUCUUAUAGUUUUCCGAGUAAAGGUCUUCUACCUCCUUAGGUAGGUUUAUUCCUAGGUAUUUUAUUCUUUUUGAUGUGAUGGUAAAUGGGAUUGUUUCCUUAAUUUAUCUUCCUGAUAGUUCAUUGUUAGUGUAUAGAAAUGCAACAGAUUUCUGUAUAUUAAUUUUGUAUCCUGCAACUUUACUGAAUUCGUUGAUGAGCUCUAGUAGUUUUCUGGUGGUGUCUUUAGGAUUUUCUGUGUAUGGUAUCAUGUCAUCUGCAAACAGUGACAUUUUUGCUUCUUCCUUUCCAAUUUGGAUUUCUUUUAUUUAUUUUUCUUGUCCGUUUGCUGUGGCUAGGGCUUCCAGUAUUAUGUUGAAUGAAAGUGACAGGAGUGGUCAUCCUUGUCUUGUUCCUGAUCUUAGAGGAAAUGCUUUCAGCUUUUCACUGUUGAGUAUGAUGUUAGCUGUGGGUUUGUCAUAUAAGACCUUUAUUAUGUUGAGGUAUGUUCCCUCUAUGCCCACUUUAUGGAGAGUUUUUGUCAUAAAUGGAUGCUUAAUUUUGUCAAAAGCUUUUUCUGCAUCUAUUGAGAUGAUCAUAUGGUUUUUAUUCUUCAAUUUGUUAAUGUGAUGUAUCACACUGAUUGAUUUGCUGAAAAAUCCUUGCAUCCGUGGGAUGAAUCCACUUGAUCAAGGUGUAUGAUCCUUUUAGUGUAUUAUUGGAUUCAGUUUGUUAAAAUUUUGUUGAGAAUUUUUGCAUCUGUGUUCAUCAGUGAUAUUGGCCUGUAAUUUUCUCUUUUUGUGUGGUAUCUUUGUCUGGUUCUGGUAUCGGGGUGAUGCUGACCUUGUAAAUUAUGAGUGUUCCUUCCUCUGUGAUUUUUUGGAAUAGUUUGAGAAGGAUAGGUGUUAACCCUUCUCUAAACGUUUGGUAGAAUUCACCCGUAAAGCCUUCUGGUCCUGGACUCUUGUUUGUUGGGAGUUUUUAAAUUACUGAUUAAAUUUCAUUACUGGUAAUUGGUCUGUUCAUAUUUUCUUUUUCUUCCUGGUUCAGUCUUGGGAGAUUGUACAUUUCUAAGCGAUUUUGAACACAUUCCACAUCCCUUUGUACCUCCUAAAGUGACAAAAGUUAGCAUGUUUACCAGCAUCACCCAAAGUGGAUGCAUACUCUUACCAACUGUUAACUGGUGGUCAUGCCAUUAUGUGCAACAAUGAGUGGCAAGAGAGAAUAUUAAGAUUAUGCUCAGUGACUUAGUGUUUUUGUAUUUUUUCUCUUUGGGAAUUUAAAUCCCUUUAGAAAUUGUCUACACCCCUAAAGAUUAUUUGUUAGUUAAAUGAAAUAUAAGUUCAAGGUCUUAAAGUUAAUAAGGAUGUUAGAAAUUAUGUUUAAGUGACACACUAAAAAGAAACAUGAUUACUAAUGAUGUAUUGAAUUUUUCAGCAAGAUGACAUUUUAAUCAUUUUACCCAGAUAGAAGUGGAGAAUAGUUUACAUAUACAGUUAUCUCAAGUGCCAAAGAACAACCCUUUUAAAAAGACGUGUUAUUAUCAUUCAGUUUACGUGAACACAUGGUUUUUACAUUUUCAUAAUUUUAAAUGUUGAAUCUUUUCAAACCAAUAAAACCAGUAAAGGAAACUUAAGAAAUACUAACUAAUCAGUUUUUAAUGAGAACGCAAAGUCUUACAUAAUAUAUACAGUUAUGCUUUACAGAACUAGAACAAAAAAUUCUUUAAUUUGUAUGGAAACACAAAAGACCCCACAUAGCCAAAGCAAUCCUGAGAAAGAAAAAUGGAGCUGGAGGAAUCAGGCUCCCUGACUUCAGACUGUACUACAAAGCUACAGUAAUCAAAACAGUGUGGUACUGGUGCAAAAACAGAACUAUAGAUCAAUGGAACAGGAUAGAAAGCCCAGAGAUAAACCCAUACACCUAUGGUCAAUUAAUCUAUGACAGAGGAGGCAAGAAUAUACAAUGGAGAAAAGACAGUCUCUUCAAUAACUGGUGCUGGGAAAACUGGACAACUACAUGUAAAAGAAUGAAAUUAGAACACUCUCUAACAUCAUACUCAAAAAUAAACUCAUAAUGGACCAAAGACCUAAAUGUAAGGCCAGACACUAUAAAACUCUUAGAGGAAAACAUAGGCAGAACACUCUUUGACAUAAAUCGCAGCAAUAUCUUUUUUGAUCUGUCUCCUAGAGUAAUAAAAAUAAAAACAAAAAUAAAUAAAUGGGACCUAAUUAAGCUUAAAAGCUUCUGCAGAGCAAAGGAAACCAUAAACAAAACAAAAAGACAACCCACAGAACGGGAGAAGAUGUUUGCAAAUGAAGCGACCAAUAAGGAAUUAAUCUCCAAAAUACGCAAACAGCUUAUGCAGCUCUGUAUCAAAAAAAAACCCCAAACAACCCAAUCAAAGAAUGGGCAGAAGACCUAAAUAGACAUUUCUCCAAAGAAAACAUACAGAUGGCCAAAAAGCACAUGAAAAGGUGCUAAACAUCACUAAUUAUCAAAGAAAUGCAAAUUAAAACUACAAUGAGGUAUCACCUCACACCAGUCAGAAUGGCCAUCAUCAAAAAGUCUACAAACAAUAAAUGCUGGAGGGGGUGUGGAGAAAAGGGAACCCUCCUACACUGUUGGUGGGAAUGUAAAUUGGUGUAACCACUAUAGAGGUUCCUUAGCAAACUAAAAAUCAAACUACUGUAUGAUCCAGCAAUCCUACCAGGACAUAUAUCCAGAGAAAAACAUACUUUGAAAAGACACAUUCAUCUCUAUGUUCAUAGCAGCACUAUUCAUAAUAGCCAAGACAUGGAAGCAACUUAAGUGUCCACUGACAGAUGAAUGGAUAAAGAAGAUGUGAUACGUAUAUACAAUGGAAUAUUAUUCAGCCAUAAAAUAACAAAAUAAUGCUAUUUGCAGCAUCAUGGAUGAACCUAGAGAUUAUCAUACUAAGUGAAGUAAGCCAGAAAGAGAAAGAGAAAUAUCAUAUGAUAUCACUCAUAUGUGGAAUCUAAUUUUUUUUAAAUGAUACAAACGAACUUAUUUACAAAACAGAAACAGACGUACAGAUACUGAAAACAAACUUAUGGUUACCAGAGGGGAAACGUGACGGGGGAAGGAUAAAUCAAGAACUUGGGAUUAACAUACACACAUUACUAUAUAUGAUAGAUAACCAACUAGGACCUACUGUAGAGCACAGGGAACUCUACUCAAUAUUCUGUGAUAACCUAUAUGAGAAAAGAAUCUGAAAAUGAAUGAAUAUAUGUAUAACUGAAUCACUUUGCUGUAUCCUUGAAACUAACACAGCAUUGUAAAUCAACUAUACUCUAAGAAAUUUUUUUUUAAAAAGUUAUGCUUAGAGAAAGAAGACACCUUUUUUCUGGGGG